UCAGGGCUGUGGGGUGGAGCCUGCACACAGGCUGAAGCAUUUACAGGUGCAUAAGUAGGUAGGGAAGGGCACAGGUGAUGCACCUGUCUUGGGAAGGGAGCACUAACACAGGCGUGUCAUAACUUAUCAGCUGCUGGCUUAGAGCAUGAGCUUCUUUGAUCCACAAACGCACUCGCCACCGCGCUGCAGCCCACAGUUCCCAAAUAUUGGUCAAGAACCUCCAGAGAUGAGUAUCUACUAUGAGAACUUUUUCCAUCCACAGAACAUCCCUAGUCCACAACGACCAAACACCUUUGAGACGACGGAUUACAACGCCACUCCCAAUCCUUACCUCUGGCUAAAUGGACCUUCCAUUACCCCACCACCGUAUCUCCCAGGAUCCAAUGCCAGCCCCUUCAUUCCUCAGUCUUAUGGGAUGCAAAGGCAGCUCUUGCCUAACGUGCACGGCUUGGGAGGGACUGACCUUGGCUGGCUUCCUCUCCCAUCCCAAGAAGAGCUUAUGAAGUUGGUUAGACCACCUUACUCCUACUCUGCACUUAUCGCCAUGGCUAUCCAUGGAGCACCUGAAAAGAGGCUGACUCUCAGUCAGAUCUACCAGUAUGUGGCUGACAACUUCCCCUUUUAUAACAAAAGCAAGGCUGGCUGGCAGAACUCCAUACGACACAACUUGUCUCUCAACGACUGCUUCAAGAAGGUGCCCCGAGACGAAGAUGAUCCAGGAAAAGGGAACUACUGGACUCUGGACCCGAACUGUGAAAAGAUGUUUGACAAUGGAAACUUUCGCAGGAAGAGGAAAAGGAAGUCUGACAUUGGGGCUAGUGCUGCCGCUCUUGCAUCUGAGAAAUCAGAGGACAGUGGCCUGACUGGCAGCCCCAAAGCUGUAGAGCAUCAGGAUAUCUUGGAAAACACAUCACCUGGGACUGACAGUUCACCUGAGAAAGGAUCUCCACCUCCAGCUUCCAGCAGCCCAUGCCUCAGUAACUUCCUCUCCAGUAUGACUGCGUAUGUUAACGGCUCUAACUCAGGGAGCCGCAUGGUGUCUUUGGGACUCAACUCUGAACCCAUUGACAAAAUGGGUCAGAAUAUGGUAGGCUUUAAUUCCUACUCUCCACUCUCCAAUAUCCCCAGCCAUGGUGUGGGAGAGUGGUCCAAUUCUAUGCCUUCUAGCCACUUUGGCCAUAGCAACUCUGUGCUCAACCAGUUUAACACUCAUUUUUACAGCAGUAUCAGCACAAACAACACACUGUAUUCCAGGGAAGGAACAGAGGUUUAAAUGAAGGAUUCUGAGACACUUAAGUAUAGCUAUUUAUGAGAGGAAAUGAUCUGUGGGCAGAUGAUUAGCGUUAGCCUGUUGUCUCUGGGACCCACACUGCAUCCUACGUUCUGACAGCUGCAAACUUGUUACCCAUUAUACUUAUUCAAAUCACAAACACCCCACAUGCAGCAGCUCCACAUAGAAAAUCAGGGAUCAUAACACCAAGGGUAGUGAAGAGUUCUGAGAGACUGUGCUUGUCUUGCUGCCCAGCCAUGGUCCUCUAGAGACAUCCUUGAGAAGCUACUGUUUGCCUUCGGCAUGAAACUUUCUCUGGCAUGGCACUAAUAUUGCUACACUUUUUAAAGUACUAAUAGAAAUGUUGUUACAUCUUUAAAUACCCUCUCUUGCUAGUGUAGGCUGGCUGUACUAGACAUGCCUAGCAAGUUCUUAUUUGGCCAAAGCUGUCCUGAGACACUGAAGGAUCUGUAAUAAAAACUACUGUAGAGUGAGUAACAACUAACCCUUGAACGGUGAGUGCUCUCUUUGGUUUUCUCUCAAAGUAGUGCAUACACUGUCUAAAUUGUGAUCCCCUUUCAGCCCCACAGGGACCAUGGCUGUGAAGCAAGCUAGCAUUCUCAUGGACACAACAGUCACUUUGAAACUGAAGGGGAGCAUAACAAAGUAGAGUGGAAUUGCCUGCUGCUGCAGUCAGAUCUUCAUGUUUCCAAAGUGUUUUCAAUUCUAAUAACAGGGUCUUUUUUUUUUACUGCCUUCUGCAUGCAAAUGUCUUCACAUAGGAAAAACAGGAGCUGUCCUGAAUAUACAUAUAAAAUACACGUGUUUUCUAAGAAGAGAACACAUUUAUUCUAUCUUAACAUUCUACCUGAGUAAUUUCUACUGAGUAAAGAAUUUGAAUAUUGGGGGGGGGGGUGGGAGCAGAGAGGGAAGAAGAAAAGGGAAGUGGAAAGUUUAACUGUCUCUGAGUUUCAAUUCCAAAGGCUGGAUCUUUCAAAGUACCAGUUGCAGAUAUUGUAAAAAGUGCCUGUGCUGUAUUUUUGUUCUGUUUUGUCAAAGUCCAUGCUGUUUGUCCUUGUGUAAAUAUUAGAAAUAAUGCUUAUUUUUCCUACACUCUAGUCACAAACAAAAUUUCAAAAUAGAUAUGAAGUUUUUUCAAACCAACACUUGAAUCAAGUUCCACAUUUACGUAGGGUGAGAUCUCAAACUGGAUAGCCUGCAGCAUACAUAGACAGCAAGUUUAGUUGUUCACAUCUGGGCACUCACCAGACUUCUGGAAUGAUAGAAAACAUAAUAACGCAUUGCAACAGAUACCAUUUUGCCUUGAUUUUUUUUACUUUACAUGGGUAUAGUUUUGUUACGGACCACCCCAGAAGCAUUUUUAAUAAAGCGUUUGUACAGAAGAGAGUGUA